AUGGCAGACACCAAAGCAGAAAUAACGACCCUCCUCCAAACAUACGCCAAACACCUCAACGCUUCUGAUACCUCCUCCAUCGUCCCUCUCUACACCAAAGAUGGAGUCUUCAUGGCACAACACUUCCCCACCGCCUCCGGCACAAAUGAAGUCCGCGAUGCAUACAACAAAACAUUCUCCCUCAUCACCCUCUCCGUUGAAUUCACUAUCCACGAAAUAAUUCCCACCAGCCCCUCCUACGCCAUCGCACGUACAUCCUCCAUCGGCACCGUAACAAUGCAAUCCAACGGGGGCAAAACCAACGAAGGAAACCAGGAGCUAUUCGUUUUGCAGAAGGAAGAUGGAGAGUGGAAGAUUGCUCGGUAUUGCUUUUGUAGCGUUUUGCCUCCUCAUUGA